AAUUUUCAAUGAAACUUUAGAUUAAUUUACGUUUAAAAGAUGGAUAACUCUGAUAUAAUGGAUGUGUGUCGCCUUUGUCUAGAUAAAGAUGGGGUUACAAUACCCAUAUUUGAAGGAGAAGGUGCAGAACGGGAGAUAUGUUCGAAAAUUGGAUCCUGUCUUCCUGUGAAGGUCUCUAGCGAUGAUCCUCUCCCAAAGAAAAUUUGUGAUGAUUGUACUCAUAAAGUGGAACUUGUCUAUUCCUUUUGGAACACAACGACGAACUCGGAAAAACAAUUAUUGGAAUGGUUGGGCUUAUGUGAACCCAACCAUGAAACCCCUAUGGAUUUGUUAAAGACUGAAAUGGUUAUACUUAAAGGAGAACACGGCGCUGAUCUAAGUCACAUGGAUCUUGUAGAGGAUUCCCAAGAUUUGCUUGAUCAGAGUGGUGACACAGCAGAGGGUAGUGAGGAGGAGGGUGGCAGGGAAGAAGAUCCAGGUGGAGGUGACUAUCGCUAUGAAGAGGGGACAUCAAAUGAUCCCUCAUCUUUGGAUGUCCCACAUCCUGAGCCGUUACCUGAAGCUGGUCCAUCGAGAGUAUUGCAACAAUCUCAACAGCCAAGUCAGCCUCCUGCCCAACAGAUACCAGCAUCACAAUCCACACCAGAGCAGCUGACUCCAGAAAUAAACCCUAUAAGGUCAAUCCUCACUGAGAAGGCCAACCGCAUCGCCGCCAUGCUCAAGGCGGCUGCUGCAUCGGGUUCCUUGAGCCGUGCCACCCGGACAUUCCCUUGCCCCGACUGCGACCUGAUCCUGCCCAGUCGUCAGCGGCUCAACCAGCACUGGAAGGUGCACCACGAGACGCCGCAGCUGAACCCAGUGUCCCCGCGGCCCAAGCCGCAGCCCAUCGACGAGGAGGAGCUAGAGGGUGAGCGCGCUGCGGCGGUAGCGGCCGCCGUCAAGGUGGAGGUGCACUCGGGGAGUGAGGACGAAAUAUUGAACGUGCCGCAGGCGGUGUUUGAAUGUGCCCAGUGCCACAAAGAGUUCAGCAGCGAAAAGUCGCUUAAAGUGCACCAAGUGGUACACUCGGAGGAGCGCCCCUACACGUGCAACGUGUGCUUCAAGUCGUACAAGCGCCCGUAUGAGAUGAAGAUGCACCAGCGCAAGCACACGGAGCAGAAGAACCUGCAGUGCAACGAGUGCGACUACUCGACCAUCUACAAGUCGGCGCUCAACACGCACAAGCGGCGCCACAACCAAGAGUUCAAGUACCACUGCGAGAUUUGUGGCAAGGGUUUCUUCGUCCACACCUGGUUACUGGAGCACAAAAACUUCCAUACUGGUGAGAAGCCCUUUCAGUGCGACGUGUGCGGCAAGGCCUUCCCCUACACGCGCUAUCUGGCCGCCCACAAAAAAACCAUCCACCCCGACAGCAACCAGCCUGCCAAGAUCAACCAAUGCGCCACGUGCGGCAAAGUGUUCGCACACCGAAACUCGCUCUCCCUCCACAUGAAGUCCCACACGGGCGAAAACGUGUACGUCUGUGAUAUAUGUGGCAAGACGCUGACCAACAAGGAGCACCUAAACCUUCACCGUCGUAUACACACGGGCGAGAAGCCCCACGCGUGCUCCUACUGCGGCAAAGCAUUCAGCAAGCCCGGCAACCUGACGCUUCACGAGCGGGUGCAUACCGGCGAACGGCCCUACACCUGCGACACCUGCGGCAAGUCGUUCUCGCAGCGAUCCACGCUCGUGAUCCACAAGCGCUACCACACUGGGCAACGGCCUUACGAAUGCCCGCACUGCCAGAAGGGCUUUGUCUGCAAAGCUCUGCUCAAUUCUCACCUCAAGAACAGCUGUUAUACAGCGGGCUGACAAAUUUAAGGGGAUUUCAAGUUACUCUUUUUCUUUAACGAUGGUAGAAGAAAGAGUGAAUUAACUUUUGUGUAUUUUUGCAAAGCAGUUGUUUUGUCGUUGUUGUUGUUGUUGUAUUUUUUGACAACUGAUACCCUCACAGGGACUCAAUUUCAUUUACUGACCAUCGAGACUGACAUUUUCCUUGAAAGUUAUGGUAGACUAGUGCAGGUAAAAUUCAUUUUUUGAUAGAUUUUUCCUGUUUGAUAGUUGUGUGUUAAGUAUCAGACAAUAAACUUUAAAAGAGAGAAAAAAAAAGAUGUGGGACCUUAUUGAUGGACUGAGUUGUGCCUGUGUUUGGGAUGAAGGAAUGAACGUCAGGAUUUCAAGCCAUUAGUUUUUGAAUAAAUUUGUGCUAAGCUAGAAUUUUGAGACUUUAGGCACGGUAUUCUAGUUACAUAUUUUCCAAUCUAUUUUUAUGUAAACUGAAAGAGUAUAUUUAUGUUGUUGUCAGUUUUAAGUUCAAACUGUUCUGUUGACACUGCCAAGCAACGUCAUGUUUAUGAUUAACAAUGUGCAAUUGAUUAUACCUUAACACCCUUUUGUUGGUUUAAGGUGUUACCAUAGUUUAUCUAAAAUGUACUGUGUGAAGAAUGUACUACAGAUGUAAGCAUUUAUUUAUGUUCAGAGGUUUUAUAUAUAUAUGUAUACUGCUAUUGAAUUGUGGACCCGAUCAUUCACUCUGUUUUUAAGAUUCAGUUUCUGUGUAGUCUCAGUGAUUUUGCACUGUAAAUCAAAUUCUAAUCUUUGCAAUCGUCUCACAUAAUUUACCAUUUUAAGUUUGAAACAAGUUGUUACACGUGCUCUUUGGUUAUUACAGGUAAUCUGAAAAGUAAAGGAACAACCAAAAUAGCUCCGCAAUUUAGAUUUAGUUUACUGGGUAAAAAAAAAACUCAUCAAAAGUAGUGUAAUAUUUUUCUCUUCCCUUUGAAUGUUCUUUUCUAUCAGCUUUAAGAACAGUUUUCCCAGGGAUUAAUAAAUGUAGAUUAUUGAUGGAGUUUCAUUUUUUUUUAAUGAAGUAAUAUAAUUGAAGCAACCUCUACCUCAAACAAGUUUCUAUUUUCCUGUAAGGGUUGAAAUUUAAACAUAUAAAAUUUGCAAAAUUACAAAAUCUAUACCAAACAAUUUGGUACUUGUGUUUAAUAAUAAAUGUUCUUGUUACAUCACUUUUACGCCUUAAGAUAGCUUGUUUUGUUGGUUUGAAAUUAUUUCUUUUUAAAUGUUCAGACCACUUUGUUUGUUUGUGCACUGUUAGUUGCAAAUUAUAAAUGUCAUUGUUGUGCAGAUAUAUAUAUCCUACGCUAGUUACAAAUUGGAGAGCUCUAUAGAAAGUUAAAAUUGUUUUUCUAAUUACAGUACCUUAGGUUAAAAGUGUUUCUUUCUUCUUGUACUUCAGACUCAUGUGCCUUUUUCAUACACCGAGUUCUUGAGACUCCAUUAACUACAGUUGAUGUCAUUGAAGUUUUUAUCUCUUACUUUGUAUUGAUUAUCAUAAUAUAUUUUAUGUUGAAAAUUCUAAAGUAAUAUGUACAUUUAAUUCAGUUUAUGGUGCUUUUUUCAUCUCUGGAAAGUUAAUAAACAGUGAAGUAUGCACUAACUUA